AUGGAUACAGACAAAAACUAUCAGUUGAACUGGAAGGCGACAGACAGUGUUAUCACAUUUGAAGUGAUCGUGAAGACGACGGGGUAUGUUGGCCUUGGUUGGUCCGACAAGGGAGGUAUGGAUGAGGCAGAUAUCAUCACGGCCUGGGUGGAUGAUGAAGGAACGGGACACAUUCAGGAUCGACACGGGACUGGCAAAGUAAAACCAGCGAUAGACACCAAGCAGGAUGUCACCCUUCUCCUAGCCCAAGAAACUAAUGGUUACACCAGUGUCAAGUUCACUAGACCCCUUGACACUUGUGAUGAAGAGGACAGACCGAUAACGACCAGCACGAUGCGAAUGAUCUGGGCGUAUGGGAGCAGCGACCCAACCAACGCUGAUGCCCUGUACCAGCACGAUUACGGAAACCGCGGCACAAAGAGCAUGCGCCUAAUCGGCAUCGCGCCGUUAACAACAUUCGUCAUGCCAGAGAAUGCCACCAGUGCUGAGAUGAAAAUCUCCAAUUUCACCGUGCCUGCCAGUGACACCCAUUACGAGUGCCGGCUGCUGGAGAUGCCACUGCUAUUUGAAAAGCACCACGUAAUAAGGCAAGAACCAAUCAUAACGCCGGGAAAUGAAGCACACGUCCAUCACAUGAUUCUUUAUCUAUGCCCUCCAAGUAUGAACAACCAGACCUACGAAUCCCUACUCGCUGGAGGCGGGGGCUGCGGCGCAUUUCAGUCAUGCAGAAACCCGGCCUUCAGUUUUGCAAUUGGAGGCAAGGGGUCCACCUAUCCUGACACCCUUGGUUAUCCCAUCGGCGGUGACGAUGAGCCAUUAUAUGCCAGAUUGGAGAUCCACUACGACAACCCGCAGUUGCGGUCAGAUGUUGUCGACAGUUCCGGAUUCCUUCUCAUCUACACACCCAUUUUACGAGCGAACGACAUUGGCGUGCUAUUGGUUGGAAGAGCGGUCAGCCAAACUCAUAUCAUACCUCCGAAACAGGAGAAGUUCGUCUCAUAUUCUUUUUGCAAUACGAAAUGCACGGACGAGUCUUUCGAGAGGGGUGGCGUGGACAAGAUCCAUAUGUUUGGUUUUUUACCCCACACUCACCUGGCGGGCAGAGCCGUGGUGACCAGACAUCUGAGAGGCGAUGUGGAGCUGCCCUACAUUGGCAAGGAUGAUAACUACGACUUCAAUUACCAGAUGACUGUGGUGAAGGACGAGAAAGUCGAGUUUAAAAAGGGUGACGAACUCAGAGUAGAAUGUACAUAUAAUACCAUGGACAGGAACCUACCAGUAUAUGGUGGCAAGUCAACGCAUGAAGAGAUGUGCAUGUCGUUUAUCUACUACUAUCCGAGGUUACCCAUGGUCCAGUGCUUUAGUCAACCAACAUUCUCGACCUUGCAAGAUAUAUUUAGCCAACAUCACAAUCUUGACAGUAAUUUCAACCUCGAAAGUGUGAGCGGUGAUCAAUUCUUUGACAUGAUGACGCGCAAUAUGUCCUGGGCAAACGCUGCAGCUCCGUGGGAGAAAAUGGAGAAGACGUACAAUUAUGAUCAAGUGUGUUCCUUUGGAUCGGGUGCCGAAUCGGACUCAUACAAGUACUUCCAGAAUAACCCAAUCGUCGUGAUCCGAGAGCCCUACCAGCCGACCAGCACCUGCAAGCCUCGGCCCGGCAGCACCGCCGCCAGGGCCAUCACCUCAGGCCUGACAAUGGCGAUGUCACUGGCACUAUCCCUUGCCCUCGCAGCCGUUUUGUAG